AUGAGUCUUUCUGCUGAUUAAUUUAUUGUGAUAGCAGUUAUUCUAUCUCUUUUUGGAGGGCUAGCCUUCUAUUUCAUUUGGGCUAAUAAAUAAAUGUACAAGAAGGGCCUUCAUGAAUUAAUGGAUAAGAAGAAAAAGAAGAGAGAGAAAUGGGAAUUUGAUUGA